AUGCCCUCCUCCUCCUCUUUAGUCUUUGCUCUUCAAAAUCUGUGUAGUUAUAUAUCUUGUGCCAUUUGUAGACAAAAAAGACCCCAAAAAAAAGGGGGGUAUUUGAGUAAAUUCAAGUUGUCUUGAUGGACUCUUAUGUCAUUAUUAUUCACACAUUGCAAGAGAAGAGUUGGAAGGAGGAAGAGAAGUAGAAGAAGAAGAAGAAGAAGAAGAAGCUCGAAAAGCUCGAAAAUGGCGAGCGCUCUCUUAUCAACAGCUGUUCGCUUUAUGAGCAGGUCUCCAAAGACAUUUGCAUUUAAGAUGAUCACCAGCAAAUCCUUGUGCACUUUGUGUCUAUCUACUAAACAAAUGACAAGAAGCAAGAGUGUCCACAAUCCUCGAAGCUGUGCUGCCAUUGCCUCAAUGCAGGUUGGAGGGAAAGCCAAGAAAAGUCAAAUUGUGAUCCCUGAUCCUGAUUACAGAAUUCCAAUUGUUUUACUUGGACUUGCAGGUAUAUUCGUGUACCAAGAGAAUUUGCUAGUUGCUGCACCAGUUGGCCUCCUUGGGUUGCUUUUGUUGUUCCAGACGACAAGAGUGAGAUUUGUCUUUGAUGAAGAGGCCUUGGAGGUGAAACUUGGAGAUCAGCUUCAAGAAUCAGGUGAAAAUGUUUUUGUUGGUGGCAAGAACCGCUGGAAGUAUUCAACAUUUGUAAACUGGGAGUUAUGGUGGCCAAAUUUUCCAAUAUUGGUUUACUUCAAAGAGACACAGACAAAACCUGAAGGACAAGUCCACUUUUUCCCAGUGAUCUUUAAUGGAAAGCAGCUCUAUGAUGUUAUGGUAGAACGAGCAAGUUCAUCUAAGACUAGCUUGCCAAAGUAGUUCAAGAAAGUUGGUGUUCCAGCGUAAUAGUCAGAUACAUGGCUGGUUAAUUAUAUUCGUUGAUGGCAGUGAAAGAAACCAGAAUAUUUUUGUUUUGCAUCUCCUGUAAAUUGUCAGCAUACCAAUGUUUUUAAUUGUGCGCCAUCGAAUUAUGUCCCUUUGAUUUGCGUAUCAUCAAUUGAAUUUCUGUCUAAUUUGUAUGUUAGUUGAUUGGAAUGUGUCUGCUUUUC